AUGGACCAUUAUGGGGCCUAUCAUAACGGCAUUGCGGAAUACGGUAUGUUUUUAGUUCAGUCUAUGGAAAACUUUGGGUUCUCAGUCUCGAAAUCUUUUUUAUUAUCUAAAAUGAUAUAUGAUAUUUUUAGAUCUCUAUGAUCGAGUAAAGAAAAGUACGUUGAGAGUCCGGAAUACUUUGUUUCCGGGCUUUCCAUAUGAACCUUUGCCGGAUUCCCCAUCUUUUUUGGAUCAGUUGGCAGGACCUUGUAGUGAAGCACAAUAUGCCGUGAUAGACUUGCUCAAUGCUCCAGACGAGAUGGAGUUGUUGGGGCAAACUGUUCAGGAUUGUAUACUUAAAUUGAGAAGCAGGGAUCCGAUUCAUAUUCGGGAAGCUAUUGCCGAAAUAUAUAAUUUGGCCCAUCGUCCCGGCAUUGUGGAGCAAAUUGCUGCUGAUGAGAAUCUUAUUAAAGCUCUUAUAAAUGCUCUAAAGUAAGUUUCUAUGAAUUAUUGUCUAUUCUUUUAGUGAUGAGGAUCCAGCAAUCCAAGCGAGCGCACUGAAGACAUUAGCCGCUUUGUCGGCAGUGGCCCCGGCCCGUUUUUGUAUAUUCAGAAGCGGGGGAAUCAAAGAGUUAGUUAGAAUGUUAGGCAGUCCUAACGAUGGGGUCAGGAGAUACGCUGUGCAGACUUUGCAUAAACUAUUGCAAUAUGUGGAGAACGCUAAGGAGGAUGUUAUCUCAUGUCGGGGUCUAGAAGCAUUCAUUCCUUUACUUGGCUUAGACAAGGUCCAGGUCCAAGCCCUGGUUGCCGAUUGUUGUUUCUAUCUGCUACAUGAAAGACCACAUUGCAAAUCAGUUUUCUUUGAAUACGAUGGGAAUAAUUACCUUGUUAAAAUCCUCCGUACCAGUUCCAAUUAUUUGAAGGCAGUUUAUGCGGUUCUUCGAUGUCUUCUAGCUGUCAGCACCGAAGCCAACAACAAGGCUAGAUUAGUUGACAUUGGUAUGUUUUUUUUUUGUGAAAUGGACCCACCCGUUUAUAGGUUGUCUCGAAGCGUUGCACGUUUAUCUAGACAUUAUUAAUGAUCCCAAAUGGCGACUAACUCUACUCAACACGAUCAGGAAUCUCUCUGAUGCGGCAACUGCAGUGGAUACUCUUGGGGGACUUGUUAGUGAUCUGCUGCUUAUGUUGAGACACACUUCGGAUGAUGUGACUGUCAGCUGUAUUUGUGGAAUCCUCUCUAAUUUGACUUGUAACAACGUGAAUAACAAGAAGACGGUUACUUUGAGUGGUGGAAUUGAAAUAUUGGUUGGAGUUGGAGGCGCUUUCUCACACAUUGAGGAUGUCACGGAGCCUACUUUAUGUACGAUCAGACAUUGCACCAUCAGACAUGACCUCGCGGAUCAAGCUCAGACACAGUUGUGUCAUAUUAGACAAGGACUUCAAAUAGUUCUUUGUUUGCUGGCUACAAGAAGACCUCCGAUCGUUAAGGCAGCGUUGGGAGUUGCUCGAAAUUGUUCCAUAAUUGAAUCGAAUAGAAGAGCUUUGUUGAUGGAAAGAACUCCAACUGUAGAUGGCGUGGUUGACAUUGCUCUGGAGGUGCUCAGCCAUUCUGGAACUGAGCUUCUGAAGGACUUUGAUGCUCUGACGGAAGGCGUUUCUUUGCUGGAACUGGUCGAAACAACGGUAUCCUUGCUUCAUCAGCUUGUAAGGGAAGUCGGAAUUGCUGAGAUUGUCUACAAUCAUCCCGAGAUUAUGCGGAUUCUUGUGUCGGUAAGAUCUUUUGGCAUGAUUUAUGUCUUCCUUUAGUUGAUCAGUAUGGAUAACAUAAACCAAGCAGAUGAUUGCCUUGUUAUGCGCGAAGUAAUGGGCCUUUUUUAUCAUAUUACAAAAUCCCCGGAAGGCUGUCGAAUAACUGAACAGUCGGGCGCUGUUCCUUUUAUUUCUUAUGCCUACAGAUCCAGAGAUCAAGCUGUCGGUAUGUCAAAUUCUUUUGAUGAUGGUGUUUGUGAGACAAGAAAUUAAUGCAUUUGUAUUUCAGCAGCAUAUGCCAAGGUUAUUUUGCGACAACUGGGAAUGGAGGAAAGGCCUCUACCUGGGUAUCAACACAACUCUCAUAGUUCAACCGAUACUCUCGGAUCUAAUGGAAGAAUAGUACAACAAGAAUAUAGAGGCCCUGUGGGGUGGGUAAACGAAGGUCUGGAGCCGGAGCUGUAUCAGGAAUUCUUUUCCCGAACAUUGGGAGAAAUGAAACACGAUCAUGUCGAAGGUCAGCAUGGCAACUCUUGGUUUGACACGGACCUCUGA